AUGAAUGAAUGUCUUCUUCUCAAAUGGUGGUGGAGAUUUGGGGGUGAAUCUGCUGCUCUUUGGAAACAAGUAAUUCUCAGCAAAUACCCACAGUUAGGUGGGUCUCGGUGGCCAGUUCAAGAGGUUAAUUCCAGAUGGUCUAUGGUGUGGAGGGAUAUAUUGGGGGUAGCUGUUAAGUGCCCUGAAUUGCUGGAAUUUUUCAAAGCUAACUCAAGGAUCAGUAUUGGGGAUGGGAGGCUCACAAAAUUUUGGAUGGAUCUGUGGCUUGGUAGCGAUUGUUUAAAAAAUCUAUUUCCUCGACUAUUCUCUGUGUCUAUGCAUAAAGGGGAAUCACUAGCAGUGGUUAAGAGUAGGAGCACUGAUAAUGAGGAUUGGGGGUUGGUUUUCAGAAGAGUUCUGUUCCAAUGGGAAUUGGAUGACCUGAGGAGGUUAAAGGAGCUGUUGCGCACUGCCCCAGAGCUUAGGAAUGGCGUGGCUGAUGGGUUAUUUUGGAGUGCAGAUAAGUCUGGAAGUUUCACUGUUAACUCUGUCUAUAAGUGGUGUGAAUUAUCCCCUACUCUGCCUGCAAAUUUGAAGGAUCUCAUAUGGAGGAAUGCUGCCCCUCCGAAAGUGCAAUUUCUGGGGUGGUUAGUAUGGAAAGGGAGGAUUAAGACCACUAGCUAUUUGCAAAGGAUUGGAGCAAUCAAUGCUGAUUCUGAUGUUAGUUGUAAAUUCUGCAGAAAUGAAUUAGAGACUGCCACUCAUGUGCUACUGUGCUGUCCGUUUAGCUGGCGAGUUUGGUCCAAUAUCAUUGGCUGGUGGGGUGUAUCUUGGGUGCAGCCGGGAUCACUGACUGGUCUGUUUCAGUGGUGGUCUGGAUUUAGAUGUAAAAACAGACUGAAGGUACUCUGGAAGAUACUACCUUUGGCUGUGUUUUGGUCUCUAUGGAAGCAGAGAAAUGAAAUCACUUUUGGGGACUCACAUGUGGAUUUUAAAAAGCUAUGUGAACUUAUUAAAACAAGGAUCGCAUUGUGGUUCAGAGCGUAUAGUCCUUCUUUCUGCUAUUCCGUGAAUGAUUUGGUGUUUAACUUGCAAAGUGUCAAUUUGAUUCUUGCUGGAAUUUUGCACUCUAAUUCUGUUUCUGAGCUGGGCUGUGCAGAGGAGGAAGAUUCAAAAUUAUGGUGCUAUUUGUUUCAGAUGCCAGCUGGGGGUUAUAGUUCUAAUUGA